GCCCCCCACAAUGAGCAGCGCAGAGGCAGGGCCGUCGCGCAGCGGCGCCGAGAGCCGCGCGGCGCAGGAGGCGCGCCUCGCCGAGCACUUCCCCGGGCGCGCCGAGGCCGUGGCGACGCUGCUCGACGUGCUGUGCACGCCCGACACGCCGCUCCCGGCCGCCGUGCACAUACACGCGGCCUCCUCAAGCAGGGCGUCUGAGCUCCUCUCGCACCUCCUCGCCGGCGCCACCGCGACGCGCAUCAGCUCCCUCGACCCGCUGCAGCAGCCCACCUGCGCGCUGCUCUACGCGCAUCUGCUCGCCGACCUGGCGCCCGCCUCGGCCGCGCGCCCCGAGGCGCUCGACACGCUCGUCGCGGCACUCGCGCCGGCACUGCAGGAGCAGCGCGCCCUCGUCGUGGUGCAGAAUGCAGAGCGCAUGCGCGACGUGUGGGAGGAGAGCAUCGGCGAGGCCGUGUGGGGCCUGGCUGAGCUGCUGCGCGCGCAUGGCCGUCUCUGCGUCGUCACGGUGUCCAGCCUGCCCGUGGCGUCGUUCCGCACGCCGCGCGGCAGUGGAGCAGUGCUGGGAGCGGGAGCGCCCAUCGUGCUGCGCCUGCCAGCACUGCGUCGCGACGAGGCGGUGGCGGUGCUGCGGCGCGACGGCGAAGAUCUGCUGCCCAAGGAUCCUCGCGCCGCAACUGUUCCAACGCACGACUGGCGCACCCUGCACGGCGCCUACGUCGGCCUGGCGUACGACACGCUCGGCGCCGACACGCGCGACGAGGAGGAGCUGCGCACGCUGACGGCGGCCGUGUGGCAUCCGUUCAUCGUGCCGGUGCUGACGGGCGAGAUGGCGGUGUCUGCAAUCCCGGCACUGCUCUCUCGAGCAGCACCCCUGCUGCGCGACGUACUGGCGCGCCUGCUGCCGCGGCUCGUCAGUGCCAAUGCCUGGGUCGCCUCGGCCGUCAGCUGGGCCGAGAGCAUGUCAAGCGAGGCGAUGGCGACCACCGCCGCGAUCGAGGCCGAAGACGCGCUCUCUCAAAAGACGCCCUCGAAGCGUUCACGACGAGCGCCGCUCGCUGCUCGUCUCGCGCAAGGCCCACUCGACAGCGCCGUGCAGCAGCUGGCGCCCUCGGUGCCGCUGCUAGGCGCCUAUCUACUGCUCGCCAGCUUUCUCGCCAGCUUCAACCCGGCCCGUCUCGACGCCCGCUACUUUCUGCGCGACGAACACGUGCUCCUGCCCGCCGCUGAGCGCGUCGACGCAAGCGCUCGCAAACGCAAGCGAGGAGGCGCAUAUCGGAAGAAGCCGGCCAAGCGGCCGCCGAAGGAUGAUGGACAACGAGAGGAUUUGAACCGCCAACAGCUGCUCGGCCCCAAGCCGUUUCCUGCAGAGCGCCUACUGGCCAUCCUGCAAGCGCUGCUCAUCGAAGCGGGAGGCGAUGCGUCGGCUUUGGUGCUCGGAGCUGCUUUCGCUGCUCGCAGGCAAGAUGCGCUGUUGCCGGAGGAGGAGACGGAGCAGUGGGAGCGCAAGUCGCGCGGCGCAGGCGUCAUGAGCUUGAUCAACCAGCUAGUCUCGCAGCGCCUCCUGGUGCGCAUGGGCCCGCCCACGGCGCUGCUGGCGCCGAAUCUGCAGCUGCGCUGCAACAUCACGUACGACGAUGCACUCAGUCUGGCCCGACGCGUCUCGUUUGGCCUCGACGAGUGGCUGUGGGACUGGAGCGGCGGGGGCGGUGGCUGA